AUGUGUUUAAAAACAUUUUAUUACUAUACAACUAAUAUUUGUUCUCAGGUCAAAGAUAUCUGCAACGAGCUUGAAGUACGGGUGCUGUGUCACAAGAUCCUACAGAACGUGUCAAUACUCCUCGAUGCUGAUCGGGGUUCAUUAUUCCUGGUACAAGGCGAGAGAGUCGCGUCACCUCAUCCACAAAAUGGCAGAUGCCUCGUCUCGAAGUUAUUCGACGUGUGCUCAAAGUCCACACCUGAGCAAAUGGAACAACUUGAAGAGAUCCGAAUACCCUGGGGCAGCGGCAUCGUCGGAUACGUGGCCGAGAGCGGCGAGCCCGUCAAUAUACCUGAUGCAUAUAAAGACGAAAGGUUUAACCACGAUAUCGAUCAACAAACGGGUUACAAAACAAGAUCUCUUCUGUGCAUGCCCAUCAAAGAUAUCAACGGAGAGGUCAUUGGUGUCGCCCAGGUGAUAAACAAACAAAACGACGGUCCAUUCACCGCGUACGACGAGAAAGUAUUCGCUUCGUACCUCCAGUUCUGCGGUAUUGGUUUGCGCAACGCCCAGCUAUACGAAAGAUCUCAACUAGAAGUUAAGCGUAACCAAGUGCUACUAGACCUGGCAAGGAUGGUCUUCGAGGAGCAGAGCACGAUUGAGCACAUGGUGCUAAGGAUACUGACCCACACGCAGAGUUUAAUACGAUGCCAGCGGGUACAGGUACUCUUGGUCCAUGAGGCGUCGAAGGGCAGUUUCUCACGGGUAUUCGACCUGGAGGCGGGUGACGAUGCUGAACCCGGUACACCUCGGACAUCCCCCUACGAGAGCCGUUUCCCCAUCAACAUCGGCAUCACAGGCUACGUAGCUACAACUGGCGAGACCGUAAACAUCGCAGACGCGUAUUUAGAUCCACGAUUUGAUCCGUCGGUGGAUGAUGGCACGGGAUUCAAACACAACACUAUUUUGUGUAUGGCUAUUAAAAACUCCGAGGGAAGAAUAAUUGGAGUUAUUCAGCUCGUCAACAAAUUUGAUGAACUGCUUUUCACGAAAAACGACGAGAACUUUGUGGAAGCCUUUGCUAUAUUUUGCGGGAUGGGCAUCCACAACACUCACAUGUAUGAGAAGGCCAUCACAGCCAUGGCAAAGCAGAGUGUUACGCUUGACGUAUUAAGUUACCACGCAUCCGCUUCGUUAGACGACGCUCAACGAUUACGGACUUUAAGGAUACCGUCCUCUGUCCAUUUUAGUCUUCACGAGCUAGAUUUCGACGAUAUCGACCUAACAGACGAUGACACGUUAAAAGCGUGUCUUCGAAUGUUCCUCGACCUAGACUUCGUUGAGCGAUUUCAUAUCGACUACAGCGUCCUCUGCCGAUGGUUAUUAAGCGUUAAGAAAAACUACAGAAACGUGACUUACCAUAAUUGGCGGCACGCGUUCAACGUCGCUCAGAUGAUGUUCGCCAUAUUGACUGAGACUCAGUGGUGGAAGAUUUUUGGAGAGCUAGAAUGUCUGGCUCUUAUUAUCGGCUGUUUGUGUCACGAUCUUGAUCAUCGAGGGACCAAUAACUCUUUUCAAAUCAAAGCAUCGUCACCUUUGGCACAGCUGUACUCAACAUCAACAAUGGAGCACCAUCACUUUGAUCAGUGUUUGAUGAUCCUGAACUCACCUGGAAACCAGGUUCUAGCAAACCUAUCUUCAGAAGACUAUGAAAAAGUAGUUAAAGUACUCGAAGAUGCUAUACUAUCCACCGAUUUAGCUGUAUAUUUCAGUAAACGGAAACCCUUCAUCGAACUAGUGAGCGUUGAUAGAGCGGUGACACCAGCGUGGGGCGAGUGCGAGGAGCGGCGAGGUUUACUCCGGGCUAUGCUGAUGACGGCGUGUGACCUCGCCGCUAUCACAAAACCUUGGCCCGUCGAGCGGCGGGUCGCUGCGUUGGUCGCUGGUGAAUUCUUCAGACAGGGCGAUCUGGAGAGGCAAAACCUGAAUUUGACACCUAUAGACUUAAUGAAUAGAGAUAAGGAAGAUGAACUCCCUGCUAUGCAAGUCAAAUUUAUUGACACCAUAUGUUUGCCUAUUUACGAGGCAUUCGCGGUAUUGUCACCAACUUUACAGCCAAUGCUCGACCGAGUGAAAAGCAAUCGAGCCCAUUGGAUUGAGAUGGCCAAUAAUGGUGAGAAAAUCGAUUAUUCGGUCCACGAUAGAGACCAUAUUAAUGAGAGAAACGACAAAUCGAGUAUCAGCUCGCAAAACGUGGACGACACUGAGAACACAUACGAGGGAGACAGCAGCGGUGCCGUAAGUCUUUCAUCGGAGACCAACUCAAAAUAUGAAAACCUUGAAAAUCCUGUCGUCGGUCUACUUUGCAACAACGUUCUCACUAUGCCCAGGGAUCCCAAUAAGUUUUGUCAUUUACAUGAUUUAAAUUAAUUAAAAAAAUUUAUAUGACAUUGUGAUAUAGUGAAACGCGUCUUAUAAAUGUGGAUUGCGUCCAUACCUUGUUUCGAAGGCCAAUAGAGAAGCCAAAUUUUAAAUUAGCAUAUACAUUCUAGGUUUUAUUCAAAACCACUGUCCUUAAGUGUAAAGUUAAUAAAUCAAGUAUAUUUUUUCUAGAUUAUGAAAUUUGGAAUUUUAUUUUAUUGUUUAUAUGUAACUAAUCGAAGUUUACAUUAUAGUUAUGUAACUACUCUUAUCUUCAAAACCUAAAUAUCUGUUAAAAUAACCGUCUUUUUUCAAGCUAAAUUCUUAAUUUGAAAAAAGUGACAUAAUACACUAAUAUACUAAAUAUUGGUUUAUUUAAAGGAGAUUUAAAUUUAUAUGAAUAUGGGCCAAUUUAUUAUAAAUUAAAUGAGUACCUACUCGCUUCAAGCACAAGCAUCAUUUUAAGCAUGCACCCGCCGUGAUUCAUAAACUCAUAUCAUUUUCUAUUGGUCUGCUUGAAUCCAGGGACAAUUUUUACGAGUGAAGAGUUAUCAAGUAAAAAGUGUGUCGCGAACGGAUUGUGUGAUAUUUGUGUAGUAAAUAGUAAAUAGACGAUUUUAGUCGAAUUUGAAAUUCAUCUAACGCAUGGCGUACCUAUAUCGGAUAAGUGGUCAUGAUUGUCGCACUAUUUUUGUACACUUCAUUUUAGCUUUACCUUUUUUAAGUACCUACCUUUAAGAAAUCUUCAAGUAUGUACCUAAGUGUGACUUGACACUUUCCGAAUGCCUUAUAACAAAAUCACAUUUAGCUUCUAUUUUGUACUCGAGUCUAUCGUUUGAGUUAUGUAUUAAGAAAUAAUACCAUUUAUAAGGAAUUCGGAAUGUGUACGGUCGCAAUAAAUGUGUUGAUUUACCUCAUUCGCCUAUUCUUAUGUAUUACAUGAAGUUAUUCAUGUAUCGCUAGAUUUCGUAUCAUUUAAGAUACAUUAUAUAAUUUUCAAUUCACAUUGAAGAUUUAUUUUCGAGGGAUAUUCUAACAGUAGAAAAUGCAGGGCCUAACUGUCGUAACGUAGUUAUCAAACAACUGACCAAAAUACCAAAAAGUUUUUAAUAAAUUGUUGACUUUUUUCUAGUUACAAUUAAUUGCCUACCUAUUAAAACUUAAAAUAUGCAAGCUAUAUAGUAUUAUAAUGUAUGAUGAUUGGAUUUGACCUUUUUAAGUUCAUUAAAUGUAAUACAUAAAAAGUAAGUUUAUAUACGAGUAUAAUCGCAUCAACCAGAAUUAUACACCUGGUUGAUUCGAUUAUUUAAUUGUUGCAUAUUAUAUCUUAUUGUUUGGGACUUAUGAUUUAUAUUUUCAUUGCUAUAAAGUACGCACACGAUGUCAAUGCAAUAAUGAGCGUUAUAGAGAUUCUUUUCUACAAUAGAGCGUUUUAGAAAAUAUAAAUCUAUUUUUAUUUCAAAAUAUUGAUUUUUUCUUAUAAACUAUUUUUACUUUAUAAGUUAUAUUAUUAAAUAUUUUGUAUUUCUUUAUAUAUUUUUAUUUAAGUAACUUUUCUUUCUAUCAAAUCGAAUUCUAUGUAAUGGUAUCCACUUUUCAAAUAAAUUCUAUAAGUGCAUGGUAUAUUUAAAACUUUUCGAGAUUAAUUUAGUGAUAGGCGUUUGUGUGCGUACUAAGUACUUCUUAAUGCCCUAUUUAUAUUACUAAGACACUCUCAUACGCAUGUAAACGGUAGCUUUCAAGUGAUUUAGUACUAUUCGCUUUAUAAUCCUCUCAUGGCGAGUUUUUAGUAAUGUGAACAGGGUCUAAUGUUUGCACGUGUAAAUAAUUGAACAGUACUAAUGUACUGUAUUUAUUUGGUAAGUACUUAUAAAUUUUUAUUUUUUCGUAGACCGUUUUAUGGAACUUUUGCCUCGCAAUGACUUAUCUAGAGACAGUUAUGGCACCCAAUUAUCCAUUCCAAUGUUUUUUUUGCAGUCAAUCGUUUGUGUCGUCCACUAAUAUUACUUAUAUAUAAACAACAAAAAUAAUUGUCAAUUAAAUAUGUAAUCGAGACUUACAAUUAUUAUUUUUAUAAAUUUUGAUUAUUCUGAAAAGCUUUUUAUAAUGAAUAUUUUGUUAACUGCAAUAUAUUUUUUUUUUGGUAUUUUAAAUAUUCACUCUACUAUCGUAUUUUAUUUGUGACUUUUAUAAAUAACUUUGAUUUAUGAUUUAAUGUUUAAUGUCCAUGAUAGCACUUUUAAGCCUAGUUUAGACUGCUUUAGUAAUUUAGUACAGUCGCAAGUAACUAAAAAAUACUGAAAUAUUAGAUCCAUAUGCAAAUUCUCAAGAUUACUCGACUAAAUUGCUAAAGCUGCCCGAACUGACCUUACGGAUGAGUGUUUACGGCAGUUUUUGCUGGCGCUGUUGACAAUCAUCUGUAAGAGAUUUUCAGGUAAAAAUCUGUUUAAUUUCAUGCUAGAUAUAUUAUGAAAUAGCCAGGGAGAAAUGAGCCCAAAAACCUACAAAAAAAGUUCAUAAUUCAGGAACAAACAUUUUCGAUUCGAUUCUAUUGAGUUCGAUAUUGAAAUAUUAUUUAUUGCAGUUUAACAAAAUAUUAUAUCGAAAGGGGAAAUAUUAUGACUAUUCUAUUAUAAAAAUUAUAACUGAAAAUUUUAUAUUAGAUAAAUAAAAUCGGUUGGAAACACAGUAAACGUAGAUAAACGUUAUUUAUAAUCGUAGGAAUUAAUAAUAUCCUGUAAUAAAAGUGAUAUCGUUGUUUCCUAAACUGUAGAAAAUAUCAUAACAUUUAUUGAUAUUGAAAAUUUAUCUCUUAGCUUAGAGCUAUAAUUACAUUAUCAAAUGUACAAUUUGAUUAUAUUGAUCCAUGAUAUCAAUAUCGUAUUCUUUUGCCGGAAACCUUUCAUUUUAAUUUCAUAACUUUUUUCUUAUUAUACUGUGACGAUAAAAUUAAUCUGUGCCGUGCUAUAAAAAAUAUAAGCGUUCUAUACCUAUCUAUAAUUAGUAAAUCGUUAUGCACUCUUACACAUAUACUAUCUUUUUGAACCUUUUUAGUAUGGUUGAUAAUUUGACAGUAAAUAAAAAUGCGAUUACUGCGUUUCUGAACCUACACUACCAUAACACUUUCUUUCUCUUUCAUAAAAAAAAUAAGACCAAUUUCACUGACAAAAAAAAAUACAAAAACAGUAUUUUCUAAUUGGAAUAAUUCUCUCUAUAAGCGUAUAGAUAUUUACUACGUGAAAAAUCUCAAAUUAAUUGUGGUAAUAAACUAUGUACAACACUAAUUUUAAGAUUAUUGUAAGUAUUAUUAGAAAGUAAUUAGAGAAUUAAUAAUUGUAAUUCACUAAAUGAAGAGUUGUAUGGUGUGUGAAUAAUAAUGGAGGUUGUUUUGUUCCAAACAAAAAAUGUUAUUUAUUUAUGAUUAAACAAAUUUUGAAAUAUAUAA